UCCUGAGAGAGAUGAAGGAAAGAAAUGGAGAGUUGGGAAAAUCAAAGAGAAGCUGAAAGGAGAAAGAGCCGUUGGAGUGAUUUGGAACGGUUGCGCCAAAAUAUCCAUUGUUUAGGGACCAAAAUUAGCCACAGGUUCCAAAUAUAUCUUGUUCUGGAGUUGUUAGUUGUGACAGCUAGUCAAUUUGUGGCUCUGCUAGAGACCACGGGAAACCCUGAUCUUAUUAACUUCAUAAAUGGUGGUGAUUUUGCAGUAUCUUCUAUCGUUGAGCUUGUUGGGCUCAUAAUUUGCCUUCAUUCAGCUGCAAAGAUUUCAUAUAGAUCUCUAAGUCUUGCAGCAAUUUCAAGCAGAUGUCAUGCUUUAGUUACGUGCAACCCCAAUGAUGUUUCUCAAAGGGGAAUUUCAAGUAAUGGAGGGAACUUGGAGGCUGCUAUUCCAGCAGGUUCAUUGCCCAUCAACUACUCAGAAAGUGAUCUGGAGUCGAUCGAUUAUUUCCCAGUACCUACAAAUACUCAAAUGGCCUCUUACAUAUCCAUGAAUCAUAAGAGACAAGCUUUUGUUAUGUACAUGCAGUCCAACCUUGGCGGAGCAACCAUAUUCGGAUGGACGAUUGAUAGGCCGCUUAUUAAUACAAUUUUCUUUCUCGAGUUCUCCCUAGUUCUUUUUGUACUAGGGAAGACCAUAACUUUCACUACGAAGUGACAAAGUUAAGAACCCACUUGGACAACAGUGGCAAGGUAAUCUUUUGUCUGGCCUGUUUUUUUUAAGGCAGCAGACUGAUUACACCAGCAAGACUGCUUGUGCCUUGCAGUUCAUUAGCUUCUAAUCAAGAAUUAAAACUUUGUUUAUGCCUGAC